AAAGUCGCUGUACUUCCGAGAUGAAGUUAAGUAGAGCUCCGCCGCGCAGCCAGAAGGGAAGAGCCGACGAUCUAUCCGUCCGAAAUAACUCCAGCUAGACAGGAUAUGUUGAGAAUACACUGCUGGACUUUGGGAUUUUUCAUGGCUUCGGAAUCGAAGGAGUUUUAUUUUUGUGCAAAUCUAUGUAGGACGUGGCGUUUGCGGCUGCACUGAAGUAGUCUAAAUUUACGGCCAAAGAAACGCGUGUUUUCUUCUUUUUUUAAAAUCUAUUUUCGCGCAAAGACAGCAACAUCAACCUGGAAUACUCUUUUGAAUCAGGAAUGGUUUAUCCUUCCGAAGGUUUAUUCUACAUCGAAAUGGAUCAAGCGCCACCAGCUCUCCCCCCGAGGUCCACAAAGCCAGUGUCCUCCACCGCCAACAACAACAACAACUGCCUUUCGCCACCUACACAUUCCCUGCAGGCCGCCGAGUGGUACUGGGGAGACAUAACCAGGGACGAGGUGAACGAGAAGCUCCGAGACACACCUGACGGCUCUUUCAUGGUGCGCGACGCAUCCACGAAGCUGCAGGGGGACUUUACGCUGACGUUGAGGAAAGACGGGCACAACAAGCUGAUAAAGAUUUACCACUGCGACGGGAAGUACGGCUUCUCCGACCCCCUCACGUUCACUUCAGUGGUGGAGCUCAUCUGGCACUAUCAGCACCACCCGUUGGUGGAGUACAACGCCACGCUGGACCUGAUGCUCACCCAUCCCGUGUCCCGCUUCCAGCAGGUCAAAGAAGACAGUGUCGAUGUGGCUGGAAGAAAGCUUAAGGAGGUUCACUGUCACUAUCAGGAGAAGUCAAAAGAGUUUGAUCGCCUUUAUGAAGCUUUCACAAAGACCUCACAGGAGAUUCAGAUGAAGCGAACUGCAAUCGAGGCCUUUAACGAGACCAUGCUGAUUUUCGAGGAGCAGUGCCGCGAACAGGAGCGCUACGGAGAGAAGUUCGAGAUGAACAACCACUCCGAGGGAGCCGACAAAGACCUGGAGAGCUUUCUGAUAAAUUACGAGAAGCUGAAGUGCCGUCUCGGGGAGAUAUACGAGAGCAAAAUCCAUCUGGAGGAUGACUUGAGAACGCAGGUGGAGGACUACAGGGAGACGGACAGAAAGAUUAACAGCCUGCGGCCCGACAUCAUCCAGCUCCGCAACAUCCGAGACCUGUACCUUAACUGGCUCAAUCACAAAGGCGUCAGACAGAAACGCAUAAAUGACUGGCUGGGGAUACUGAGCGACAGCCUUGAUGACACAUACGUGUUGAAGGGAGACGAGAAGAAUCUGCCACACCAGGAAGAGACCAAUUGGUUCGUGGGUGAACUGAGCCGGACGCAGGCGGAGGAGAUGCUUCAGGAUAAGGCUCCCGGAACGUUCCUGAUCCGCGAGAGCAGCAAGCAGGGCUGCUACGCCUGUUCUGUUGUCGUGAACGAAGAAGUGAAGCAUUGCAUGAUCUACAGCACGCCACAGGGGUACGGCUUCGCGGAGCCGUACGACGCCCACUGCUCGCUGAAAGACCUCGUCCUGCACUACCGCCUGCACUCCCUGGCGCAACACAACGACGCGCUGGACGUCCGGCUGUCACACCCCGUCCACGCCAAAGCCGCGGCCGCGCCUUCUCAGCACGCAGAGGAGCGCAAACUCUUACAGACACCAAAACACACGGCGGGGCUCCCGCCCACCGCUCCGGAAAUGUAACUCGAGGGAUGGAGAGAGACAAAGGGACAUGUUUACUGUAUCCCGCGAGAAUGACUGCAUCACGGUGCAUUGCGUUACGUUUUGCACUACAGCGACUCCCAUCGUUUCUGUGAAUGGGAUUUCACAGAGUUCAAUGGGACUGGAACUUGAAUGUCAGCUUGAACUUUUUUUUAUUAUUUUUGUUUCCGAAAGAGACUGUUUAAGCUUUUAAUAUUAUUUUUUUGUUGUACUUCAUUUAUUGCCGUUUGUUUAAUGGACAUCUUUUCGAUAGGGAUGUUGACAACCAGAAAAUUGCUCACUGAUCAGGUGCUGCACCUUUGUUUGACUUUGACUUUUACAACCAGAGUUGAUGUAGCUAGAGAUGUCCAUUUCUCAAGUUAAAUUGUAUUCAGCUCUAAGAAUUUGACCUAUAGUUUAGACAUAUUUGGUUGCUAUUGAGUUAUAUAUUUGUGCCUCAUUCCUGAGUGUGUAAUGGACUAUUGUGAGCACAGAAGAAAGUUCUUUUUAGAGAACUCAAAUUAUAUUAGUAGAGAAAUGAUUUAUUAUAGAAAGAACUUCUUUUUUUUUCUCCAACAAACAUAUUUACUCAUUUGCUAAUAUCCACAAAAGCACCAAAAUAAUAACCUCUUACAGUUGAUGUGUACGUUUCAUAUCAAACGUAGGUUGUGUUGGGUAGAAGCUGCAUCAUCUCAUUAUAUAAGAAUGCCAUAACUUUGUUGUCAAUUAAGUGCUUUAUAUAUUGCUUUGGCUGUUCAGCUGGCAAUCGAUAGCGAGGCGGUAAGCUAAUAAAAGUAAAGAGCAACCAACGAUGGCUCAUGAAACUACGGAUCUCACCAAAACCUCUAAAACUAAUUCUGUGGGCCUGUAGAGCUCACGUUAUCUUCUAGUGCCAGCGCACUCGCCUUGUAAACUCUAUUACUAACAAUCAGACACAGAAAAGACCUCCCCUAGUCGUACGAUUGGCCGACACUCGGGCGUACGGUAACGCUGUGUCGAGUUAAACCCGAGGACCCAAAGACCGCCAGGCUUCAAAGCAAAACUCCAUAGUGGCCAAACGGGGGAAUUACAAUUUCCAGUUCUGUCACGCGAUGCCCUGGGACUGAGAAAUACAGUUUUCUUUGUCCUUUAACUUCUUUUGCUUCAUGCGUCACUGAGCAAAAUUCAUAGGAAUGAACUCGGCACUACUUCUCCCGCUACGCCCAGUCGCCUUUACACAUCCAGAGAUUUUUUCGAAGGAGAAACAAUGAACGAGUGUCAAACCACACAUUGAUAGUGUAAAUGAGUAAAAAAAAACUGAGGCGCACUGGUGUGGAUAAUAGGAAACACGCCAGUGUCUGCAGAGGAAAGUAGAUUUUAGUUCACUCAAAUGAAAUACUUGUUUGCAUGACACUCUAAAAAUAUACAUUUCUGAUUGUAAAAUAUAUUUUUCUGUGCUCAAAAAGUCCCAUUGUGUUCUCCCGAAUGAGAAAUGCGUUACUACUACUUAGUGCGUUUGCUAGUGGGAGAAUGGUGCUGUGGGCAGGCUGUAUCCGUCAUACUGGUUUGGUGGACCAAACCGUUUUUUGGGGGUAAACGCCACGUGUGAAUAUGUGAAAAGUCGUGGUGCAUCUUGACAAUUUGCCCCUUUCCCGAUAAACAUUCAUAUACAGUGGACUAUUAUGUAGCAUUAACAUCCUGUAGAAUACCAUUGUACGAGCAUACUCAAUGUUAUACCCAUUGACCAAAGCACUUAAUAGUGAGCAAAACUACACCCCUGUUAAGUCUGGUAAUUGCAUUUGGGCAAGGGGAGGGUAAUUAAUGUACACCUGCUGAUGUGCUGAUCAAAACAUAAUCUGAAGUACUGUAUGUUAUAUUCUGUUACUCAAAGAAGUAUAACCUUUUUGUAUUCUAUAUAUAUUUUUUCUAUAAACAUGCCACAAGAUGAAAGCUUGAAGAAAGUGCAAUCCAAUAGUAUUUCUACUGUUGCAAUGUGUGACGACGACGACGACGACGAUGAUGGUGGGGAUGGUGAUGCUGUUAUGAGAGGUUGACAUUUGCCACAAAAAUGCACUCUCUUUGGUGGUGUCGGUAUGAUGUGGCCUCCGAUGUUUGUGUGAACUGCCAGAGGUCCGGAAGUAUCCUGCCUCCAUUACUUGAACUGUGGCAUUGCUCGAGCUAUGAAUGUUUUUUCAUGACAUGCAGCCUACAUAGCUUAAGAGGAAAGGAAUCCGUGUUGAACUUGGCACAUUUUUCCAGUUUGAGGACAAUAGAUACUCUGUACAGAGAAAACUGUAAAAUGUAUUUCCGAGGUUGUUUUACGGAAGGAGGGUGAUUAAGCCUCCUGUAAAAAUAUAACUCCACUGGGGGAUUGAAGAAACUCCUCGGUUGAAGCUAAGCAAUGUGAGAUCCUGACCUUUUUCUUGCUGAAAGACAAUAAACUGAUGAGGGUUUUGUCAACUACAA